CAUGCAGUUUGUAAAAGGAAGUGUUAGUUGAUAUUAAGCUUCCAGGGAACAAGUUACAUGGCUGCAUUGUUUGUUGGUGUGGAACUGUACUGUAGUUUAUUUACACUGGUUGUAAGAACAUACUGCUUUGAAGUUUGACUGUGCCUUUGGUUCACAAAACUUUGAAACCAAAAGUGGAUACUGUGAAAACUGGAAUACCAGGAAAGUAUUAAACUUACUGGACAAGUUACAUGUUUGGCUGCAUUGUUUGUUGGUGUGGAACUGUACUGGUGUUUAUUUACACUGGUUGUAUAAGAACAUCACUCUCUGAGGUUUGACUGUGCUGGGCACUGUGCUUCAAUUACAAAACUUUGAAACUGUGAACAGUGAAACCAAAAGUGAUAAAACCGUGGACUGGAAUACAAGGAAAGCUCUACUUCUAGAGUACUGUCUGUACUUGAUUGCUGGUGAUGUUGAGGUGGAUAUGCUGUUCAGCUCAGGAUAAUUAGCCGGCGGUCAACAUGUCGAAGGGAAAGUCCAUGUUCCACUUCAGUUUCCAUCGGAAGACGGAUAAUUAUGCAGUUGCCCAAUCAGCUAGAGCGGUUGGCAUGAAAUCCUCCGAAGCCAACCAAUACGCAGAUAAUCUCGUCAAGGUCGUCCCCUCAAAUUCAUCAAACUCUUCAACACCAAAAGAUGACUUCAUCAUCGGAGAGCGAGUCAUUGUCAGCGGGAACAAAAGAGGCUACAUUCAAUUCCUCGGUGAGACAAAAUUUGCGCCCGGCCAAUGGGCCGGGGUUGUUCUGGACGAUGCCGUCGGGAAAAACGAUGGCUCGGUCAGUGGAGUCCGUUAUUUUCAAUGUGAGCCAAAAAGAGGCGUCUUUGCACGCCCGGAUAAACUCUCGCGAGAGUCUGCAGCAGGAAGUGCUAAACUGGCAUCAGCUGUAGCCGGACAAGGUGCAUCAAGGCCCACUGGGUUGCCAUCGGCACCAAGAAUGGGUACAAGGGUAGCAUCGCCCAGAGGUUCGGUCACUAAGUUACCCCCCUCGGCUAUAAAGACAUCAGGGAUGGUAGAAGAAACUACUGGGGACAAUACUGGUUUAAAGGGGGGAGACCGUGUAAUGGUCAGUGGUACUAAACUUGGGACCCUGCGCUACAUCGGCACCACUGAGUUUGCCAAGGGGGACUGGGCAGGGGUAGAUCUGGAUGAUGAACUUGGUAAAAAUGAUGGCGCCGUGGCAGGAACAAGGUACUUCCAGUGCCAGCCUAAGCAUGGUCUUUUUGCACCAAUCCACAAAGUGGCUAAGGUCCGGGGUAAACCUAGACCCAUCAACUCCGACUUGGUCACACGGGAGAAGAGAAGCAGUAGCACCAGCUCCCUCAGCUCUAUGGGUUCAACAACCUCGGGUAUCGCCAGGAAUUCAGGUUUACCGCCAGUAGACUCCAACUCUCCGAGGUCUCAAGAUGUUUCUCGGAGAUCGGGCACAGCUGCGCCUCAGGCGGAAAAACGAAAUGGCUUUGGUUUUAAAGCUGAAAACGCGCACAUGCAUGGCCAUUCUGCUGAGGAAUCACACAACGAGUCCGGUGGGGUUGCGACGGUAACGCAGCCACUGCACCAGGCAUCCCCAGUCCACAGUCGUCGGAGAGAAAAUGACUCUGGCCACAACAAAGAGGCUCUGGAGUCAACUCACCAAGCAGAGCAUGAUCUAGCUGCUGUCAGGAACCAAUAUGAACAGUACAUGAAGGAUAGCGAAGACAACCUCGAUUCCUUGAAGUCAUUGGUGGAAUCGGCUGACAAAGAGAAAGUGGAGCUACUACAGCAACUUGAGGAAGAGAGGAGGAAGUUGGAAGACCUUCAGUUCCGGUUGGAAGAGGCAAACAUCAACUCCACAGACCUCAAGGCGGAGCAGCAAGAGGAGUCGGCGAGAGUCCGAACCUUGAAAGAGAGAUUAGUAGAGGAGAAUCAGAGAGCGUCCAAACUACAGGGGGAGGUGGAUACCUUACAGGUGAACUUUGAGGAGAAAGAUUUCAAGAUAGCGGAGCUAGAGGCGGAGUCAGCAACGUACCAGGAGCAAAUUGACUUCCUCCAGAAGGAGAAACAGAGUGCCCUGGAGCUGGUUGCCCAGCAGGAGUACAACAAGCUAGUACAGAAACAACGGGAGGGCAUGCUGACCCAGAGAGACCUGGAGAUUGCCGGGAUGCAGGAGAGGAUCGCAUCCAUGAACAAAGAUAAGAAGGUGCAGGAGGAGGAGCUGGCUCAGAUGAAAGAACAAAUACAAGAGCGUCUCUUAAAACAACAACAGUCAGCAAGUACAAUAGAGGAUUUAAAAAAGCAGCUGUCCGAGCAAGAGUCUUCCUACAACAAUUUAGCGUCCUCGGUCCAGGAGUUAAAGAAUACAUGUGCAGAUUUAGAGCGGAAAUAUAAAGCAAGUGAGGACAGAUGUAAUCAACUAGUACAAGAUAAACAGAAAUUGGAGGGAGACAUAGCUCAUAUGAUGAAGAGCUCUGGGGAUAGCUCAGAGCAGCUGGUAAACCUCAAUGAACAGCUAAGAACCAAGGAGAGACGUGUGGAAGAGUUACUAGCGGAGCUCUCAGAUGCCAACCAAUCGGUAGCCAAGCUCAAGGACACGUUAAACCAGAGCAGCGAAUCGGCCGGGAAGGAUACCAAGAUGGCCGCCGAGAGGCAUCAGCAGGAAAUGGACAGAUAUCUGCUGGAGAUAAGCUCUCUGCAAGCGAACUUAGUGACCUCGACUGCCAAGGUCGCCCAACUCCUAGAGACACACAAGGCGGAGGUGGAGGCGUUGACCGCAACCCAUGUCGGGGCUCUCUCUGAGGUCAAGGGUCAGGCGGAGAAACAGAAGGAGGUGACAGAGAAGCUCAGGUCGGAGGAGGAGAGUCUGAAAUGUUCGCUGAAAGAGUUGGAGCACAGGGCGGAGAAGUUAACGACAGAGAAGACGCAGACAGAGUCCACUCUAGUACAGACAAACAAAGAGAAGGACAAACUAAGAGAGGAGCUGGAUCAGACGUUAGCCGAGAAGCAGCAGUUGCUUCUGGCCAAGGCUGAGCUGACUCUACGACACGAUGAGACCUCAGGGAAAUACAAGCAGCUACAGGACCAGAUGGAUAAGGAGGGAUUUUCAGCUACUGAGCAACAACUGGCUCUACAAGACACGAGGUCCAGUCUAGAGAAGAUCACCCAGGAGCGAGACACGGCUCUGAGGGAGAGGACGGAGGCCUUGGCCCAGGCCCAGGAAUCCCAGAUGAAGCUGGAGAGUAAAGUGUCAGAGAUUGAGAUGGUGAGACAGGACGGUGAGAAGAAAUAUCAGGAGCAGCUGCAACGAAAUGCUGAGACAACCAAGGAGAGUGACGAAGGCCUGAAGGAGAUGAGGAGUCAAUUAGAGAUGUCAUUACAAAGCCUUGAAGACAUUACAUCAGAGAAAGCCAGGUUGGAGUCUGAGAAAGCACAACUGCAGACGCAACUUGACGACUCUCAUUCACAAGGGAAUGACCUAAAACAACAGACCAGCAAAGAGUUAGAGGUGCUGAGAAUAUCCCUUGACAAGCUAACCAAAGAAAAAGAAGUCCUCUCCCUUGAGAAACAAACUGCCCUCCAAGAGAAGGAGGUCCUGCUCCAAGAGCAGGACAUCAUCAAGAAAGAGAGGGAAACAGCUCUUCAGGAAAGCCAACAGGCAGUCCUGGAACGAGAAAGCCUCCUCAAAGAAAAGGAAGCCAUCACGGAAGAGAAGAGCAACGUCACCAAAGAGAAGGAUACGAUCCUUGAGUUGAAGGCUUCUGCCGAGAGGCAAGCGCAGGAGGCGGAGAGGCAAGCGCAGGAAGCGGAGAAGCAGAGGGUGGCGUUGCACGGAGAGGUAGAAGGGUUAAGGCGACAGGUGGAUGUGUACAAGCAGCAGAUGGAGACGGUUAAACAGGCUACAGAAGAGGGUCAGAGCAAUAUGGGAUCCUUGCAGGCACAGCUAGCUGAAGCAAGAUGUGAGUCUGAUGCCAGACAACACAAAGCAGACCAGCUAGAAGCUGAGGCAGCCAAACUUAAAGAAUCAGUAGCAGAUUUGACGAAGACCAGACAAGCCAAACAAGAGUUGGAAACUGAUUUUGCCAAAGCAAGUAAAGAUCUGCAGGAGUUGAAAGAAAGGCUGGAGGCAGAGACUACGGGUUACGAGGCCGAACGGGAUUCAGUUCAGAACACACUGGAUGUGACCAAUUCAUUAGUCGUUGAAAAGGAAAAGGAGAUACAGCAGCAGAGUGUGGAGAUAUCAAGUCUAAGGGGAGAACUGACUCUACUAGGGAGCUACAAGUCGUCUGUGGAGAGGUUAGAAGAAGAGAAGAUCAGCCUUGAGGAUCAGACUAAGGAUCUACGCUUUGCCCUUCAGCAAGCUGAGCAGCAAGCACUCCAAGCUGCUCAACAAAUCUCCAGAGAUGUGGACGUUGAUGUGGACGGUGACCCAUUACUAGACAAGCUUCAAGAGGAAAGAGAAAUGGCAGAAGGACAGGUCACUUUUCUGAACUCGGUGAUUGUCGACCUCCAGCGGAAGAACGAUGAGCUAAGAGCAAGAGUUGAGAUCAUGGAGGAAGGAGGAAUGAACGGAGCCCAUAACGACAUGUCGCUUGAUGAUAUGGAUCUUGAGUUAACCAAUCGGAUGCCGCCACCUCGUCUGUUCUGCGAUAUCUGCGACGUGUUUGACCUUCACGAUACGGAAGACUGCCCUCUACAGUCCAGUUCAGAUAGUCCUCCACCGACCCAGUACCAUGGCUCCAGGCACGAGGAGCGAGCUUACUGCGAUAUAUGUGAAGUAUUUGGGCAUUGGACGGAAAAUUGUGAUGACGAGCAAACCUACUGAGCUGACCUUCCAUAGUCUUGUCCCCUACGAGCAUACAACAGAGACCAUUUUGAAAUUCCUGAUCACACCACGGGUACCAGUCUAUUUUAGACACAGGUCUCAGUCCAAUUUUCCUUAGACUUGUGUAUUGGAAGAAACAAAAUGGCGGCACCGUGAGUAAAACACUUCUUGGCUACUUCAAACAUUUAACAGGCAACAAAUUGGAGACAACAAACUGCACUGUAUGCAGAAUGACAUGCACCACUGUAUGCAGAAGUAAAACUUUGAUACAACAUUUUUCGGACAGUCUCUUGCUGUCCCAGUGAAAAGUAUGCAAAGAUUUACAAAAAUCUUCUACAUGUUUCCAAUGGAAGUGCCCUGUUUUUUUUACUUGGGAAAAGUGGCCUUGCCCCAUGUUGAAUGAGACCAAUCAUUAGAGCCAUGCUGAACAUAGGAACUCUCUAUCUUGCAUGGGCACCAUGUGUGACACACAAGUCUUAUUCUGCCCCAGCGCUUACACAAAAGACCUAAUGUUAGCAAUUUCAACGGCUAAAACACAAUAAAUGUACAUUUUAUAAUGGGAUUGAACAUGAGUGAUUUUGGUCGAGCUUUUGGCCGCAUGUUCAUAGUUGUGGUUGGUCAAUUCUUUGAAAGGGGAAGCCUGAUGGAUUGGUCUGUUCAAAAACUGCAUUCAUGGCCCCAUUGCUUCAGAGUAUCUGGUGCUUUAUCCAUGUCAAAUACAAUGUUUAAUGCUUCCAUGUUUGUUCAUAUUACUGGAAGCUCAAGGUCUUGCAAAAAAAAUGUAACAAAAUUGUAAAGUUGUUUUAUGGGGUUGGUUAUUAUAGAAUAUCUGAUUGUAAAUUUGUGUGUGUAUGUGUGUGCUGAAAACAGAAACAAAAAUUCUUUGAAAUUAAAAGUCUGUUUAGUGUAUUUGAAACCCAAGGUAUUGCUAUUUAAAUUUCAGAUGGAUUCAAAAGGUAUAUGUACGACAUUGGUGAUUAAGACUAGAGAGGACGGCUAUACUUGGCUCAUUGCUCCAUUUUUCCAAAAAUGUAUCUCAGAACUAACGGUAACAUGUUUUUUUUUUAAACAUAAAUGUAACCAGGCCUGAUACUUCAUGGGGCAAUUGCCCCAUGCCUUAUGCAAUUGCCUUGGUGCCAUUUGAAAUGCUCCAGUAGAAAUUAGAACUUCCCUCAUAGUCCUGUACUAAGGAUUAAUUGCCGUAUACAUGUAAGAUGGGGGCAAUGCCUAAUGCCUUGUGAAAUUGCCUUGGUGCCCUUUGAAAUGCUAUGCCAUUAAGAAAUGAAAAUGUUCCUCAUAGUCACAGAGAUGCCAUGUCCUAAGGAUUAACAGUUUUGGCUUGUCCCCCUAUGACUGGAUGCAUUAUGUAUUGCAGGCGGUACUUCACGUUGCCUCAAUGCCCCCUGGGCAUUGCCUUGAUGGCUUUCUAAAAGCUCAAGUACAAAUUUGACGUGCCCUUUGCCGUGGAAAAACUGCCUUGCCCUUACAAGAAGAGAUUCACAUCUGGCCUGUUUAAUUGCAAGUGGAGAAACAAGCCAAACACAAAGCCAUGUUUUUCAGACUUUGCUCCGACUUUCAUAAAAUGUUUUGAUGCAUAACCAAUUUUUGAAAAUCUAUGUAUCAAAUUAAAAACUAAUGUCACCACUUUAAAUUGAUGAAAAUAUUUAUGAGUGAAAGUUUUGUGAUUUUGAAGCGCAAUGUGAGGUUAAAAAAACUAGCCAGUUAAAGACUUUUCUUAUAAAAAACUUCUGUGGUCCUACAGUACUUUUGUAAAGCAUUUAAAGUGAAACAAAAUCUGUGUAAAUAGUGUCCAUUUUGAAAGACAGAGGAAAAAGUGGAAAAGGCACCUACAUGUUUGAGGAAAAAAUUAUAUGAAGCUAUAUAGUAAUUUAAAGAUUAUUGUGUAUUUUGUACAGAAAGAGGCCUGUGUACAGUUAUUUGUUUCUUGCGGUAAUUUGUGCGGCUUUAAUGUGAAAGCACACAGAUUUAUUACUGGAUAUUGUCUUUGAAAUUGUAUCGGAUAUCAAAUUGUUUAAAAUUUUAACAAAAUGACAUGCAGUCUUAUGCCAGAUAAUCAGAUAGUAUGUGAGCUGUGUUUGUAUUUAUCACAGACAAAAUGCGAGGGUGACUAACUUAUGUGUUGCGUUAAAGACUCUGGACACUAUUGGUAAUUGUCAAAGACCAGUUUUCUCACUUGGUGUAUCUCAACAUAUGCAUAAC